GUCGUCAUCUAUACCUAAUUGGUCGACUGUCCUUGACCUUGAGAAUAAUCAACCAUUACGACCUGGGCCGUUGUCUUCUCCGAUUAUCCUACCCUUUGAGAUCGGCACAAUAAUUGUUAAUCCUAAAGAUGGUUCUGCCUUUCAAUUGCUCCAACCUCUUGGCAAUGGUUCUUACGCUGUUGUAUAUAGGGUGCUCGAAAAGUCUUCCAAUAAGUAUUAUGCACUUAAAUGUUUAUCAAAGGCAAAUUUGAACGAUUAUCAUUUGGAAGUUCAGCGGAAUGAGCUCAACCAUCCCAAUAUUGUAAAAUUAGAUCGUUAUUUUGAAACACCUGAUUGGCUCUUUCUUGUACUUGAGUAUUGCGAAGGUCAAGACUUAUAUUAUUGGUUGACGCAAAACAAUGAUAGCAGAGAUCCAAAAACGGGUAAACAGUUAUCUGAAAAAGAACGGAUUACAAUAGUCAAACAAGUUUUCAUGCAGAUAUUGGAUGCGGUCGGUUAUUGUCAUAGUCAAGGUGUGGCUCAUAGAGACCUUAAGCCGGAAAAUUUUAUCGUCAUGAUCAACAAUGACAGCAAGGUUAGUAAUAUUCAAGUAAAAUUGACGGAUUUUGGGCUUGCUACGGAUGAAAAUGAAUCGGUGGAUUUUGAUUGUGGAUCUAAACCAUACAUGAGUUAUGAAUGCCGUAAUCCUAUAUGUGAAUCAUAUGAUCCUCGUCUUGCUGAUAUAUGGUCAUUGGGCAUUAUUCUUCUUAAUUUGAUGUAUCAUCGUUCACCAUGGUCUGAUCCAAAUCCUACGCAGUGUAAAUCAUUUGCUUCUUUUCAAGUCGACAAGCCAGGCUUCUUAAUUAACCGUUUUGCAACAAUUCCGAAAAAGGUCGCGUAUUUUCUAGCUAAUCGUGUAUUCUGCAAAGUUGAAGAAGGCCGUAUCAAAAUCGAAGAAUGGAUGAUUUGGUGUAAUGAUAUGAUGGAAAAUAUGUUGUCUGAAAGGAACGAUAUUAAAAGUGUUAAUGAUGAUGCUGUAGUACCACAACAAUCAUCGUCUUCUGACUCAUCAUUCAAACAAAAUCCUACACAUUCUCAUGGAUGUCAUACGCACAACCAUCAUGACUCAUGGUCGGAAGUUUUUGGAGAAUUUGACAAUGAGAUGGACUUUACUGCUCCUGUUUUGUUUGAUAGACAAGAUAGUGAUGAUUACUUAAAGAAAUUAAAAGAUGUCAAGGUAGAAACAAAGAACAUUGUAUUACAAGAUGAAUUAGGCUUAAAUAGAAAAGAUGAUGAAAAUUCGGCAGAUGUGAAUGCUGACAACAGUGACGUUGAUUCCGGUUUUGGCACUGAUGAGGAUAUUAAUAAUGUUAUAAAGAAAACGCAAGAGAAAGAUGCAAUAAGUAAAUCAAGUGAAGCUGCUAAUCAUACUAAAGUACCCCUUUCCGUGUCUCCACCGAAAGUGAUAUAUUGUAAGCCGAAACCUUGGGGCGAACAAAAGUCUCGAGAUUAUCAGCAUGAGCCAUCGAUUGAAAAUGGCCCACCACCCAGCCCAAUAAAUAAUAAUCAUUGGUCUUCGUAUAAACAACGUCGUGAGCGUUUGGAACGACGUAAACAUGAGCAAAAUCUGUCUACGUGGAACAAUAGGCGCCGUGGAUCAUCGUCAACUGAUGACCCAACGUUGGCGUCUUCUCGACCUCACCAUGUUUCUCAUUUCAAUCAUUACAUUCCUACUUCUAUUAGCAAUUCCCGACCAUUGAUCUCCAAGAGAACUUCACCUCCGCCUCCUUUUAAGUCUCAAUUGCCAUCUCACAAACAGAAAAGUUCGCAAUUAAUUUACACACCUCCCAUUUCUACUUCGCCCCCACUUUCAGCACCUUCAAACACAUUGACAUCACAAAAUAAAUCUCCUGCAGUGUUAAGUACAAGUGACCAAUCUUCUAUAAAGUCUCUUGAGAAAACUCCUAUGAAAGUCACAAGGUCUACUAAGACUAACUUGGGCAAAAUGUUGGCAGGAGUGGUUAUGUUCAAUCGAAGCGUUAAAGUUGGUGGACAAGAUAAUG